AUGAACAUAAAUAAAAAUGUUAAUAAUAAUGGCAAUAAAAAUGCGCAAUAUAAUGAUAACAAAGAUAUAACUAGUGGAGUCAAUGAUUCACAAUUUAUCAGUAAUGAAAUAAAAUGUAAAGCUCCAAAGGAGAAUAAAACAAUGGGGCAUAUGGGGAAAAUUAUAACAAGAAAGCAAAUAGAAAUAAACAAUAAUACCAAUAGUUCAUUACCAAUUGAUAAUAAUAGUUAUGAAAAAAAUAGAGAUAAUAUUAAAAAUGAAGAGAAGGAAUUGAUUCAAGUUGAUACGAACUUAUUAAAGGCAAUUAAGCAAGAAAGUGAACAAAUACAAGAUAAAAGUUUCACACUAAAAAAUAACGAAAAUAAAGAAAAUGAAAAUUUUGAAAAAAUUGAUGUAUAUGAUAGAAAUUAUUUAAAUCAAAAAUAUGAAAAUGCUUAUAUAAAAUUGAGCAAAAAUGAAAUGCGCUUAAAAAAAAAUAAAACAAAUAUUCAUAUUGAAUCAUACCAAAAAGAUAUCACAGAUUCAAUAAGCAUAAAUAAUGAUGAAAUUAAUAGCAAACUUAAUAAUUGUACGCUAAACUGCACUUCGACAAAUAGCAAUGAUUCUAGAUGCUAUCCUUUACAUAAUAAUGCAGGUCAUAAAAGCAUAUCUAACAACAAAUAUAAAGACGAAUAUUAUUAUUUUGGAGAAUAUGACCAAAAGAAAACAAGCUUAAAGAAAGAUUAUUUUGAUUACAGCGACAGUGAUGAAUCUUAUGUAAGUAAUUUUAGCAAUACUGAAUUAGAAGAAAAUAAAAAUUGUUUGUGCUUUAUUAGAAAAAGGAGAAAAAAAAUUAAUAAUAAUGACGAGAUAGAUAAUUUGAAUGGCAUAGUAAAAAGUAAUAUCGAUGGAAAAAUGAAAAAAUACACACGUAAUGAAGUAAAAAAUAUGGAUUGGCUUAUAUAUACAAUUCGAUACAUGGAUUAUAGACGACUUAGACGACGAUUUAACGGAAUAAGAAAACCGAUAUCGAAAAAGAUCGUUUUUAUAAUAACACUAUUUUGUUUAAUACUAAUUUCGUGGGAAUAUUUUAAAAUAUCUCUUGAGAAUAAUAAAUUAAGUAUAAGUUUUGAAAUUCAAACAUCAUUUGUAUUUUUUGUCGAGGCAGCAUUGGCUAUUAUUGGUGUAAUAAUGUUUGCAAAGUUUCAAACACGCUUAAGUUUACAUUGGCCUAUAUAUGCAUCUUAUAUAUUUAUAAUAUGUGCUUCUGUAUUAUUAAUAUUUUAUAAAAAUAAUAAUGAAGAAAUUGAAAAUUCCAAAGGUGAACACAUUUUAAUGAUAUACGGUAUAGUACAAUUAUCUCUAAUAAUAAUAGUAAAAAUAAUAAUAUAUAUUGGUCCAAUUUUAGCACUUUAUGGAUUUUUUUGCCCUUGUACCGAACAUUGCAGAAUAUUAAAAAAAAAAAUAUCAACGAAUAAAUUAAAUAUAACUAUAAGUCGGUAUAAUGAUUUUGCAGGAAUGUGUGGAAACGAUUUUUGUUGUUUAUGUUUAUGUGCAUAUCGAUCUUUUUAUCGCCUUAUAAACUGCUUUUAUGAAAAGUUUUCAAAUUUACGUUUAAAAAUGCGACAAAACCAUAUAAAUGAAGCACCAUUUAGCCAUCAAUUAAGAUAUAAAGGAAGAACAGAUAUUUAUGGAAAACCUCAUGGAUAUGGAGAAUGGAUAGAAGAUCAUUCAUUUGGUGAAAAGCUAAGAGGGUUUUGGUUUCAUGGAUAUCCAGUUGGUCCAUUUAUUUCACAAGAAGUUGGCACUGGAUCAUUAUUUGUAAAUACAAGAGUUGGAUUUGCGGCAUGUAUAGGUAAAGAUUGGUCUGAUGUUAGAUAUGGUGUAUCAUGUACAGAAUGUUCUAUUAGUGGGCAUUUUUUUAGUGAUUUUCCUUUAACGCAUUUUUUUAAUCCGAAAAUUUCUAAAAAUGAAAAUGGAAGAUUGCCAAGUAAUAGAUAUGAUAUUAUAGUCAACGAUAUAUUAAAAGAUACACAUGACGACACCUUGACCUACGAUUUAAAAUGGUGUUUUAAUAUGCUAAAAGUAAAUAGUAGUACACCAACCGAAAAUUUUUUAAGUAAUUGUAUGAUUUCAUUAGAUCAUGUCACCAUGAGUUUAAAAGUUCAUAACUAUUACAGAAUUAGUCCUGUAAAAAGAAAAGAUGGUAUAUUAGAUGAAGUAGUAAUUAGGUUAGUGAAUAUCCCUAAAAAGGACAAAAAAAGAUGGGGGAAAAAAAAAAAUAAUAAUGGAAAAAAAAAAAUUAAUGAUAAUAUUGUCACAGGUGAUAUAAAUUCAAAAAAUCAAAAUAAUGAUAAAUUUUUAGGUAUUGAUAAUAAAAAAGUAUAUAAUAAUAUAAAAAUAAUAAAUAAUACCCAAUUAAAUGUUACCAAUAAUAAUGAUAACCAAAGUAAUUUAUUUCAAAAUAAUUUUCUAUCUCAUUCAUAUUAUACUAAUAGUAUUUCUGAUGGAUUAUUAAAUACGGAAACAAAUAAUAUAUAUCUGUACAAAAUGAGCAAAGACAUCGAAAAAACUGAAGUUCAUAAAUCUGCUUAUAUCAGUGAAUCCAGCAAAGAUGACAACGAUAUCAAUUUGAUUAGUGAGAACAACAAUAAUGAUUCCCAAAAAAACGAACAAAAUAACGACUAUUUUAUUGAUUUUCACCAAAUUUCGAAGAAAAAAAAGUCUAAUGAUGGCAUGUUCAUUAACGAGGAUGCAUAUACUAAUAAUUUAAAACAUACAUUCAGAAAGAAGUCUAUUAUAGGAACUAAAGGACAUAUCAACUCUGAAAUGGAAAAUGGGGUAUGCGAAGAAAACAUUAGAGACGAUAGUUUAGUUGAAAAUCCAAUUAUGGAUAAUAAAAAUAGUAAUAUAAAUAUUAGUAAUGAUAAUAAAAUUAAAAGUAGCAAGCAUAUUGACAUCAAUACAAACACAAAGUUUGGAAUAAACAAAAACAUGAAUGUUUAUGGUAUAUUACAAUCAUAUAACGAAUCUGAAUUAACUACGAAUGUAAAUAAUAAGAAUGACGAAUCAAUGAAUUUCUAUAAUAGUGAAGAAAACGAAAAAAAAAAUAAAUACACAAAAAGUAUAUUAAUUUUAAAAGAUAGAAAAUAUGAUCAACAUAUAUCAUUAAAAAAAGCACAUUUUAAAAAUAAGAAAAGUACACAACUUGAAGGUUUUAUAAAAAGUUAUCGAACAAAUGGAUUGUUAAAUGCAUCAUCAAAUAGUAAAAACGAAAACGAAAUAACUUCGAAACAACCACCGAAAAAUGAAAAUACAAAAAUAUUUAAUUCAUUAGUUAAAAAAAUGAAAAAUUUAAAUGACUCAAUAGCCAGCUUUAAUGGUGCAAAUUUAACACCAUUUAAUUCACAAAGGAAUAAAACAAUUGCGCAAGUAUUUGCUGAAGAAGACGAAUGGGAAAAUUAUAGACAUUACCAUAAAGAGGAAAUUGUAGUUGACGGAUGGCAGCCUUUAUCAUUAAAGCGAAAUUUAAAUAUUAUACCUGAUGAAAUUGUUAUAUAUAUACAUGGUUAUAAUGUCAAGUUGCAUCAUGGUUGUUCUCAAUUAGCUCAUUUAGUGUCAUUUUCAAAACUACCGUCUUAUAUUCAACCAUUUGUUUUUCAUUGGGAAGGUUCUAUGUGGGGAAUUUUUUCAGCUCUUUCAUACCCUGUAGCAAAGAAAAGAUCAGAAAUGGCCAUAUUAGGUGAUUCAUUUAAAAAAUUUAUUCAAGAUCUUAUUAAUUGGGGUAUUAAAAAUGUGCAUAUAAUAAGUCAUUCUUGUGGGUCAAGGCUUUUUUUUAAUGGUUUCGCUAGUUGUGUCAACGAUGACUUAUUUUAUAAUGUUUUAAAAAAAAAAAAAUCAAAAUUUGGAAAACAUAUAAAUGAUAGCAAAAGAAAAUUCACUAAUAAUCCAAAGUUUUCAGAUACUAAACAUGAUAAAAAAGGAUCAUAUAAAUCUAAAUUAAACACAAAUAGUUAUUUUACUAUUUCUAAUAUUAAUAAUGUUGAAGAGCACAAACUUGUCAGUAGCAAUAAUAGUGAUAUAACUCAAACUAAAAGAAAUCUUCAAAGUUAUAAAACUGAAGAAAAUGGUGAAGGAGAAAAGAUUAAUGCCAAUAAAAAUGUUCAAAAAAAAGAACCGAAUAAAAAAAAAAAAAUAAAUAAUAAUAAAAAAAACAAAAAAAAACAGGUUAUUGUUAAAACUAUUAUACUAUUAAAUCCAGAUUAUCCAUUAGAUAAAUUUUUAGAAAAAGAUUUUUUUUUGUUGAGGAGUCAUUGUAAUCAUAUUGUUAUGUAUGGAGAUACAAGAGACCAGGCAUUACGAUAUUCUGAAACAUGGAACAGAGAAAAAUGUCUCGGAAAAAGUAUAUUUAAAUUAAAAUUACCAUUAUACAAAAUAUACAAUUACGAAGAUUGUUUAAAUGGAACUGUAGAAUUUAAUAAUGUGUUCACAGGAUAUAAUAAUGAAAAAUAUAAAAUAUAUGAUCACCCUAUAUUUGCAAAUUCAUCAUAUGUUGAAUCUAAAGUUCUGAAUAAUCAAAACGAGAAUAUUCAAGAAGAGAAUGAACUACAAAGCUUUCAUACAAAUGAUUCGAUACAAAAAAGUGGUGAUGAGUCAUUAAGCAUACCCUCAAAAAAAAAAAAUAAUAAUUACGAUGAUAUAGUUGAAAAUAGUAGUCAUAUGUGCGAUAUUGCUAAUGAAAACAAUGUAUCUAUUACUGGAAAUUAUUAUAACAAUAAAAGUAAUACAAAAUAUUCUAUGUAUAACUACCAUAAUAAUGCAUCAUAUAUAUCAGAGGAUAUUUCUCAAAAAUUUACUAAUGAGAAUUUUAUGAAAGCAAUAGAGUUUAGCGAUGCAAGUUUAAACACUUUUAAAUCGAGAAAAAUAUUUAAAUUAUUUGAUUAUUUUAAAAAAUUAAAAGGAUUAUUAUACCAAACUAGAAAACCCCCUGAAUUCUAUAAUUUAAAUUCAAUAAGUCAGCAUUACCCAAUUAAAAUUAAUAAUGAAUAUCAUUAUUCAUCAUCAAUAAAUAAAAAAGAUACUUAUUAUCUCUCUUUUGAUAAAUAUGCUUGGUUAGAUAUGGAUGUCAUAGAUACAACAUUUGUUGAGACAAAUGUCGAUUUCUUAAAACAUUCAUUUUAUCAAGUAAAAAGAGAAAUUAUAGAUGACAUAAGGGAAAUUUUAAUAUCUAAUGUUCGAGCUCAUGAACGUGUUAGCCGAUUGGAUAGACGUCGAGGAAAUGUAUUUGUAUUGAGAAUUGCCCCAGCUGGUGUCGGAAGUUUGCAUAGAUAA